AUGCAGGCCGGUAACUCGGCACAGAGAUCGCAGGGGUCACUGCAGCAAGCGCGGAGCUCCCUAGGAACCAAAAGACCUGUAGCUUGCCAGAGAUGCCAUGCUCAAAAAGUCAAAUGCUCGGGGGGAAGACCCUGCUCGCGGUGCCACAUGGCGGGAUGUGGGAACGAAUGCAGUUAUGUCGUCCGCGACCGCAAAGUGCGCAUCGACGAAAGCUAUCUGGAACAGUUGAUUCGAGACAGUGAAGAGCUGCGUAAGCACAGACUGAGGUCGCAAAGCCAUGUCCUUCCCACCAAAGAGCAGCACCCUUUUUCUGCAACGGAAAGAAGCGACACGAGGACUCGGAAUCCGUUGCUUGAAGACCGGCCGUGGUUCCAGACUCACGAAGGAUUGGCACUUCCCAUUUAUGUUAGCGAGGCAGCAUGUACGGGCUUUGCCACGCGUCUGUGCCAAUGCCUCGACGGCAACAAAAGCGCAGUGCCGCAUAUUCCCCGCACGCGAUAUGUGGAAGAGUCAACCCUCGCCCAAGUGGCCUAUUCUGGGAUCCAAUGGCCCAGUUUGGCCCGUGCUCGGUUGCUGGUCAACACCGCGCUGGGCCACGCAAACCCACCCUUUCAUCUCGCCCUGCGUAAAUCCACCCUCGACCACCUCCAGUACAUCUACGAGCAAGGUCUCUUCAAUGAUGCGAUCUUUCUGUGCAAGUACUUUGCUCUUUUUGCCUUGGGAGAAGUCUACUCAUUCCGCAAUGGUGGAGGAGAAAAGGGCACAGUGCCAGGGAUGGCGUACUAUGCUCGCGCCAUCGGUCUGAUUCCCGUGCUACCGGAGCGACCUACCAUCAUUCACAUCGAGGCUUUUCUGAUCUUGGUAACCUCGUCUCCGUGGGUAUUCUGUCAUUAUUCCCUUAACCGACAGCACUCCGCCUACCUCAUGGUCGGCAACGCCCUGCGCUUCGCACUCCUCGUCGGUCUGAACCACAACAUCCCGGACACCCAAUGCCCCGAUCGGAUUGCGCGAGAACAUCGUGUGCGUUUGUGGUGGACAAUCUACAUCUUCGAUCGGUCCUGGGGCCUGAAGCUAGGCCUGCCAGUGCAGAUCAACGAUGAAGUCAUCCACGUUGACCUGCCCACGAAUCUCGACUCCGAGAAUUACCACAACGAGCUCGUGGACAGCUCAUACGAAGUGGCAUUCGUCAGACUCGCCAGAAUAUCCAGCACAAUCAUGCGCACGAUCUACAGCCGCAGCAACUUCACCGAGACGUUCCUGCAGCGGGAGCAAAGGAUCCUCCUUGACCUGCAGGAGUGGACGCAAUUACUACCCGACCACCUCCACCUCCAUACCACCAGGCACAAUCCCAAAUGCAACAUUCUCGUCCAUCUCCAAUUCAACUACUGCGUCAUCCUGGCCAUCCGACCAAUCCUCCUCACUCUCCUCGACCACCUCUCGCCAAACCUCACCCCUGACGAGCCCGCUUUCCCUGCAACCCUCGCCGCUCUCAAAGACGCAUGCAUCCAUUCCGCCCGCCACACUUUAACCCUCUGCACGAACGAAUGGACGAACGGCGCCUCCUCGACCUACGGCUACGCCUUCGCGCAGUACAUCUUUACUGCCGCCCUGAUUCUGCUCAUCGCAAGCCUGCUACCAGGUGGCACAGCGGAGGACCUCACGUCCGUGGAGACCGUCAUUGAGAUGCUGAAAUCCUUGGUCGCGAACGGUAGCCUCGUCGCAGAUGACUUGUUCCACCAUCUUGUGCGGGCGCAGUACUGUUUGCGGAGCGGACGGUUUGCAUCGAGGGUGGCGAAGCAGCAGGGGUUGUCGCUGUCCGUCGCCUCCCCUUCGGCACAAUCUCCAUUUCCGGCAGUGCUUUGGUCCAAGGGACAGGCUGAUAAUCUCUCGAGCACGGGUCAUUUCGAUGCUGGAGGCGCAGCGGUAGAGUCCGCUUACAUGGUGCUGGAUCAGCCGCUCAUGCAGGAUUUCCUGACGCGGGAUGUCGAAGAGUUUGGGUUGUUUGAUGUCGGGGAGAUGGCUGGGGUGGAAACGGAUCUCUGGCCUGGUUUGCCACUGUGGGCUGCUUGGUAA